AUAUUAUUUACAUAUUCUUUCAAUGGUGUAAUGUUUUUUUUUUCCGUAAUUUUGGAGGAUAAUUCUGGUGCACGUAUGAUUAAUCUUGGUUAAAAAUGAGGCUUUUGAAUAUCAUGAUCUUCUUCUCUUCUAAUUAGCUGGUCUGAACUUAAACAUGGCUUCUCCGAUGUCUUAUUCGGUUCUGGAGGACAAGGAUCUCGACGACGCCGCGUUGUGGGCUGUGAUUGACUCUGCCGUCGCUGCCUCGACUUCCUCCAAAUCUCGUAAGCCUCUCGCUAUCAAAUAUCCUCAUCCUAAUCCUAAUACCAAUUUUCGUUCAAACGCAUCUCCACCAUUAAAGCUCACCAAGACCACUGUAAACCCUUACUGCACUGAACCUGUUUCCAAGUCCAAGGUCUGCACUGAGGGUGAGGCAUUGGAGGAGGAACCUUGGAUUUUCCGGCCGCCGAGGAAGAUCCAUAGGACCUGCUCUUCCGAAGUUAGUGAGACGAGCCCCCUCGCCGUAGUUAGGAAUAUGCAGCGCACGCCUACAACUACCGUCUAUUCCACUCCUGAAAAGUGUUUGUCGCCGGAGAUCGGAAAGUUCACUUCCUCAGAAUGCUCUGCCGGUAGUGGUGGGAGGAGUCAAAAUAGAGAGAGUUCAGGGAAGCACAGCUUGUCCGGGAUGUUUCCCUCCGUUUCAUUAUUUAAGGAGUACCAAAACGCGGCCAUGGCGAUAUUGGAGAAAACUGAUUACACUAUGAUAUCUGGACACCCUUUCAUAAAAAAAUCAGGUUGGAGGAAGAUAUCAUUUUACUUUAAUCUGUCAUAUGAAAUCAAAGACAAGACGAUUGAGUUUGAUGAGAACCGUAAUGUUCAGCGUGCUGAAUUUGUGGUUCGAGCCUUCAUGCAGGGUGGUAGGUUUUCUGAUGGAUGGGGUUCAUGUGAGCGGCGUGAGAAGAGAUUUUUAAAACCAAAUCAUGAUAUUCCCAGUACAGCAGAGACCAGAGCCAAAAAUAAAGCAUGCCAGUUCAUUCAGAGGACAAUGUUAUACAUAUUUAGCUUUGUUCACCUAAUGGACCUGCUAGGAAUAGGAGAGUAUAGACCUGGUGCUGGACAGGUCAAUCGAUAAAGAUGAUCACAUUAGUUGUCACUAUUGUUCAAUGAGUAAGCAAUGGAUCAUGAAAAUGGAUAGAUUCACUCAGACUCAUAGACCAGAAGUUUAUAAUAAUAAAAAAUAGGCACCAGUCCUUAUUUCUAAUGUAAAUUUGUGACUUGGUGAUGUAAUUUUCUUUGGGGAUUUUUCUUUACACAGAAAAAAAACGUGUUAAGAAGUAGAAAAGACUAGCGAAGGUCAAGAAAAUGUCAAGUUAGUGAUAUUGUAGUACUAGUAGUAAUAUUCGUUCACUUCAAUAUAUGAUGUAUACAUUUUUGGUUA